AAAGGGAACUGAGAGAAACCUCAGGCACCUGAGCAGGAGGCGUCAGAGGCAGAUACCAUCCGGGCCUCUCUUCUCAGGCUCUCGUGUUAGCCAUGGCCGUGCACAUGUAUACCAACUCUGGAUGCCAGGACCUGCCAGGGACCAGAGAGGAGGAGGAGGAUGGCGAUGAUUACGAGAACAUGGCACCCCCCUACAAGGAUCUCCCUCCCAAGCCAGACUCGAUGGCCCCACCUAGGCCUCCGAGGGCAGGAAAGAAAACAGAGAACUCCCCACUGCCUUGCAAGUCCCCAAAGAUCAAAGGCCCGGACCUCACCCCUGUCAUCUGCACAUCUCCUCCACUGGGUGUCAAUCCAGAAUGCCCUCCGUUCCAGCCGUCCCUAGCUGGUAAGUCCACAUGCCCCCCAGCCACCCCGGGGUCCCAGCUCAGUCAGAAGUCCAGAUGUCCUGGGUGCUACCAGGAGGAGAGACUGGUGGUGUUCCUGUGCCUGCUGGUGGUGGUGUCACUGCUCCUGGGCUGCACUGGUCUGGCUGUGACCCUUAUCAAGUACCAGGAGGUGGUGGGAGAGCUGAGAAUGUUGACCUUUCAGCAGACGGCAUGGCAAGCAAGUGUGACUGGCACGGCAGGGCUGGCUGGCCUGAAGAAGGAUAUUGACCACAUAAGAACUAACACCAACCAGUCCCUGGUAGAACUUCGGGGCUUAUUAGACUGUACCAGGACCACCUGCCCUGAGGGCUGGCUCCCCUUUGAGGGCAAGUGUUACUACUUCUCCCCAAGGACCAAGUCAUGGGACGAAGCCCGGAAGUUCUGUCAGGAGAAUUACUCUCACUUGGUCAUCAUCAGUAGCUUCGCCGAACAGAAGUUUGUGGCCAAGGCUCAUGGCUCUCCACGGAUCUACUGGCUGGGGCUGAGUGACAGGGACCAUGAAGGGGAUUGGAAGUGGCUGGAUGGCUCACCUGUCACUCUGAGGCAAUUGUCCUCAGCUGAAUGGAGGCCAGCUCCCCUAGGAGGUUACUUCAGCCCACAGCCAACGAGUGGCUAAGAGAAGCCGGGACCCUUUGUCACAAGUCGAGAGAACUCUGUGGUGCUGUUCACACUACAGAGCUCCCUCUUGGAUCAGGCUGAGGCAAGAUCAGGCUGAACCCACAUCCGGGCUCAAGGUCUCCCCCUGCACCAUUCUGCUUCUCGCACUCCUCUCCUGAGAGCGUCCCUUAGUAAAUCCCAUGCACCCGAAUUGCCAAAUCAGGCUCUGCCUUAAUGGAAGAGACUUGAGAUACUACAAUACCUGGGAGGUUGGAAGGAUUCCAAGAAACGUUCUUUGUAAGAGGCAGAAACUGACCAGAUGUAGGAAACGGACUCAGGAGCAGGAGACCGUCCUGGUGAACGGGGAGGCGGGGCUGAAUUAAGACGGACAAGGUGGGGGUGAAGGGGACAACGUGGUGGCUUCAGGUAAUUCUGGAAAGCUGAAGAAAUGGCUAGGAUGCAAGAAAGAGCCUUGAACCGUGAGGGCCUUUCCUCCCCCCUCCCCCCGACUCCCUGAUAUUCUUUCUUUAAUUAACAGACUUUCUUUUUUGCCAAACAAUUGAGCAGAAGGUACACAGUUUCCUCUGUCAUUACCAUCUUGCAUUUUUGGGGUGGCACGUUUGUUACAGACGAUGAACCAAUAUGGAUACAUUAUGAUGAGUUGAAGUCCUCGGUUCCCAUUAGGCUUCGCUCCAAGUGUUGUGCAUUCUGUGGGUUUUGACGCGUGUAUGUUGUCACGUAUCCACCGUCGCAGUAUCGCAUAGAGUGCCCUGAAAAAAAUCCCCUGUGCCCCACCUGUUCAUCCCUCCCCAAUGCCUGCUUUUCCUCUCUGCAGCUUUUGGGACCCAGAGGAGCCCAACAACAUCAACGAUGAGGACUGUGCCAGCAUGAACAAAGGUGGCACCUGGAACGACCUCUCUUGUGACAAAACGACCUACUGGAUUUGUGAGCGGAAAUGUUCCUGUUGAACCCCACGGCUGAGGGUGGGGGGGGGUCCCUACUCGAGUGCCCCUCGGCUCUUGGGGAUGAGAACCUCCCGCCCUUCCACGGAAGACUCUGCCAAUCUGUGAGCCAACACGGAUGGACCUACAACGGAACCAGCAGCUUGGAUGGAGCCAGUCCCCUUGGGUGCAAGUGAGAGCAAUUCUCUGGCGACUAGAGGGCUUGUGCAAUUGGAUGAUGUCCUAGUCUAUUCAGGCCGCUGUACCAGAAUACUGGAAACUGGAUGGCUUACAGGCAAUAGAGAUUUACUUGUUGAAUUUCUGGAAGCCGGGAAGUCCAAGGUGAAAGUGCAGUGCUUGGUGAGGGCCCACUUUCUGAUUCGCAGAGGGCCGUCUUGCUGUGUUCUGUUAUGCUGCAAGGGGGGAGAACUCUCUGGGGUUCCUGUUAUAAGGAACAAAGAGUUCCACCCUUAUGACCUGAUCGCCUCCCAAAGGCCCUAUCGCCUUGAACCAUCACAUUGAGGGUUAGGGUUUAAGAUACGAAUUGGGCGGGGGACGCACAAUUCAGUCUGUAGCAGGUGGCGAGCUGGCAGGAGACCAGGUCUUAGACAUUGUCUCCCAGCUCUGGGGGCUGGAGGAAACUCACCAAGUCCUUGCUCCCGGCUCCGCGGAAGCAAUCCUGGCCGCGGGGGGCUCCGGGUCUGAUAAUGACUGAGCUGGAGCGGAAAACUCCCUGGCUCUUCUGAACCCUGGGGUGCUGGCCCAGGGCUCCCUUACUGUCUACCUGAUGUGGAUCAGCUUCUGGGAAAGCAGGUGGGGAAAAAUUGUUCUUGACAAAGCAACUUUCUCAAUGUCCCAGGUGAGGUUUGCCUGACCUAGGGGGCAGAAUCAGGCCUCUGCCAAGACUUGGCCUGUGAAGCUUCCAGA